UCUAACCAGUCCCACAGCAUUGAAUGAUGUCAUGGGAUCUGCAGCUCAGCGAGAUGAAAGGGAUAAAGCGGAACCCGCUGGCACUGGGGAAAGCUUCCAACACACAAUCCACAACACAGCUUGGGAACUCAAAAGCUACAGAUCCAGCCACUCAACCCCAAGUAUUUCAGAAUCGUGUGCAUUCUCCCAGCACAAUCAAGGAGAGGGGAGAAAGAGCCAGUGCAGAGCACUGAAAGGCAGAAUUUGAGUGCAGCUACCUGCUGGAAAAGGAGCUCUUUUUCCUCGCCAAAGCACUGCCUUUGAUGAGGUAAAAGCAUUUAAUACAGAAGCUUCGGCGGUGUGAAAUUAAGCUGCAGAAACUCUGGCACUGGAAAACUUCAUCAGAUAACAGGGAGAAAGGUUUAAUCACAAGAAAUGGAUGCUAAAGGAUUACAAAGAGAUGAUAAACUGAAGGUGCUUGUCAUUUUACUAGCAUAUUUGCUAUGUAAGGUAAAUUGUGAGACUGGAGACUGCAGAGAGCAAGAAUUUAGGGACCAGACUGGAAACUGUAUCCUCUGUAAACAAUGUGGUCCUGGAAUGGAACUCUCAAAGGAAUGCGGCUUUGGAUACGGGGAGGAUGCACAGUGCAUGACAUGCAGGCCAAACAGAUUCAAGGAAGACUGGGGCUUUCAGAAGUGCAAGCCUUGUCUGGACUGUGCUUUGGUUAACAGGUUUCAGAAGGCCAACUGUUCUGCCACCAGCAAUGCACUAUGUGGGGACUGUUUACCAGGAUUUUAUAGGAAGACUAAGCUUGGAGGCUUUCAAGACAUGGAAUGUGUUCCUUGUGGUGAUCCUCCUCCUCCCUAUGAGCCUCACUGUACUACCAAGGUAAAUCUUGUGAAGAUCCCUUCAACUGCUUCCAGCCCUCGAGACACUGCUCUGGCAGCUGUUAUCUGCAGUGCACUUGCAACAGUGCUCUUGGCUCUUCUCAUCCUUUGUGUUAUCUAUUGCAAGAGGCAGUUCAUGGAGAAAAAACCAAGCUGGUCUCUGAGAUCACAAGACAUUCACUACAAUGGCUCUGAAUUAUCAUGUUUUGAUAGACCACGGCUAAGUGAAUAUGACCACAGAACAUGCUGCCAGUGCCAAAGAAGUGCAUCACAGACAUGUGGACCAGUUCACUUGAUUCCCUCACUGUGCUGUGAUGAAACCUGUAGCAUGGAGCACAGCAGUCACAGUUGUGCUUUCCACUCACAGACCACGCUCAAUGAAAGAGCUGCUGAUUCUGUUGGAGAAAUGAUUCCUGCUUUCCUUGGUUCUCUUUCACACUCUGCCUGUGGAGACAUUCCAGAUGCUUGGCCUCUUAUGCAAAACUCAGCUUGUUGUGACAGCAUUUCUAUCUGUGAAUCAUAUUCAGAACUGGCUGGAGGAUCUGCAAAAUCCUGCAGCCCUGAGACUGAAAAUGCAGCCGCCGUUGAAUUGGAUAAUAACCAGGAACCAAGUGAAGUACUUCUUUCAGCUAAGUCUCUUGAUGAAAAUGUUGCAAAGUCCUUUGAAAUCUCCGAACAUAGAACAUGCACAGAAGUUUCAUCACUUCAGAACUCGGUGACUGCUGAAAGCCAGCCAAAGACAAAGUGUAAUGGAACAACAAAUGACUCUACGGACUGAUAAAGAGGGACUGGAGCUGUUUCUCAGCACUAAAGCUGAAUGCUUUCCUUACACUCCCCUGCUGAUUCUCAUCAAACAUAGUCUGGUCUUCAGUGUUGCAUGAUAUCCAAUCCAGCUGGAAAAAAAUGGCAUCAUUUUCACACCUUCUGAGCAGUUGUGUCUGAGCUGUAACAGCUGUGAAGUUAAACUUCAAGGAGCAUCCUAUGAGGACCCUGAAAGUGGAUUUAUGACCUUUCCAAUCUCUAUUUCUAUUUCCUCAGAGUCUCAAAAGGUCUCAUGGAAUGAGCUUAAUAGUAUAUGUAAAUACAGCAAGAAAUAGAAAUACUUUAGUGUUUAGGGGGGAUCUCAAAUAUGGCUACAGGUGUAGAAGAUGUGGGACAAUAUGGUGCCAGUUACUCUGCAUGCAGACUUGUGCAUGCAUUAGGAUUUUUUUUCUGCUGGUUCUAAUCUUAAAUAGUAUUCCUGCUAUUGAAGGACGUAAAAUUUGUAAAAAAAAAUCCAUUUCUGUUUAUAAAAGGAUCACCUAUUAAUAAACUGAAGCUUUUAUUAUGUAUUACAUUAUAGUCAAUAAGCUAGUUUGGGGAGUUAGAGAAUUAGCAUGUUACAGUAUGUGUGGUUGAAGUCCCCUCCAUCCAAUUAUUACAUUUUUGGGAGGUGGCAUUGUUCUGUUAAGUGCAGCAGGAGAUUAGCUUUAAAUUAGAUUUAGUUUAAUGAAGGUCAGACAUAUAGAUAAGGACAUUGUGUUUAAUUAGUAGUCUCAGUAUUGGAAUACAGCACUUCUUGUUAUAGCAUAUAAUUUUGAAUGUUGAAAUAAUUGUAAUCAACUAUCAAAUCAAAACGUCAGACUAUAGCAGGUGUGCCAUGAAAGUAUUUAUACAGUGAGACUGUUACCAAGAUUUUUUUAUUAGUGCAUUAUUUUUAAGAGUCAGUCUCUGUGGUGAACUAAUUCAUUCAUUUAGAAGUCACUUUCAUUUAAGACCCUCUGUCCUUCUCACUGUAGUACUGCAUCAAUUCAAAUUUUGCACACAAAGCAUAAGAAGUGGUUUGCUUUAUCAUAUCCCUUAAUAUCAUUUUUUUUCAGCUAUUUUCAUCCCUAAAAUACUUUUUGCUUCUGUGGAUAAUGUCAGUAACCUCCACUGAUUCAUGACACUCAACAGGCUCAGACUUGUCUGUGAUGAACUCUAGCAAUUAUUCCUUAAAGUACCCAAUGUGCCUUGACUAAAGCAAAGCAAUCAGCAAAACAGAUGCCAACAAAUUGGCAAUAAAUAUGACUCAUCUUUCCACACAUAGUUUGUGUGGCAAUAGAAAUGUUGAGACAGUAUUCAGAAUCCAUUAUGGAAAAAGAUUUUUGCUUUGAAGCACAGAGAAGAAGGUUGGACUUGCACAAAAAUAUCAAAAAACAGUACAGGCAGCCAUGGCAGAGAGAUGCUCCAGCUCUUCCCCAUUGAGAUUAUUCCUUUGUGCAAAAGCCAUGAAUAACAGUUCCCAAAUUCAAACCAAUGUGAACAAGUUACCCAAGGGAUUUUCUGGCUGUUGUUGGGUUUGGUGUUUUAAGUAGUAGAUACCACAUUUGGUCACUGAUGGAAUAAUAAGCAGUUAUACAGUACAAUUACUCAGAUAAAUACUUUCACAUAUGCAUUUAAAUAUUAGUACUUUUGAAUAAUUUCUUUGUAUGCUUUCAUACAUUUAAGAAGUUACAAAACAUUAUUUUUCACUACAAGUGCAUGAAGAGAUGUGUACUUCUUUGUAUAUACUUUGUAAAUAGAAAAAACAUCCAAUGUGCAUUUCAGUAUAUGGCAAAAUAUUUCCAGAACAUACAGAGAUUUAACUUUUCACUAAUAACAGUUCUUGAAAAAGCAAUGUUCAAAAAUUUUGCCAGCAUCUGCCACAAUGUGUUUUCCUAUUGGAAUUUAAACUCUGUUUAAUUGUUUUAUCCAGCAACCCUAGAAAAAGAUACUCUUUUUUUUUUAAUGAGUGAAAGCUUGAGAGCAAAUUGGGAGGAAAAAAUUAAGAGAGUGUUUUUUACAUAUAUGUGUAUAUUUUGUAUAUACUUUUUUCCUUAAUUUAACCAAAUUGGUCUUUUGUAUAUUGCCUGUGGCAAGCAAUGUUGUACAUGCCAAUAGAAAACAUCCACUAUCACUGCAUUUAGACUGCCCACAUGUCAUGUCUAGGGACUUACAGUGCUGUUUUAAAUACUCCUUUAACAAAUGUAAAUUAAAACCUUGUAUAAAUUGUUUUGUAAUACUUUUUUCUACUUGUGAAUAAAAUGUUACGUGAACAAACCAGUCUUGGUUUGUUGACCUCAAAUUAAUAAUAGCUUUCUGUACA